UCUGGGGAGACCGGAUACAGUGAAUGCAGGGUCCGGGGAGAGCGGAUACAGUGAAUGCAGGGGUCCGGGGAGACCGGAUAUAGUGAAUGCAGGGUCCGGGCUGGGAGACCAGAUAUAGUGAAUGCAGGGUCCGGGGAGAGCAGAUAUAGUGAAUGCAGGGUCCUUGGUGACCAGAUAUAGUGAAUGCAGGGUCUGGGGAGACUGGAUAUAGUGAAUGCAGGGUCCGGGGAGACGGAUAUAGUGAAUGCGGGGUCCUUGGAGACCAGAUAUAGUGAAUGCAGGGUGCUGGGGAGACCAGAUAUAGUGAAUGCAGUGUGCUGGGAGACCAGAUAUAGUGAAUGCAGGGGUCCGGGGAGAGCGGAUAUAGUGAAUGCAGGGUCCAGGGGGAGACCAGAUAUAGUGGAUGCAGGGUCCAGGGGGGACCGGAUAUAGUGAAUGCAGGGUCCGGGGGAGAGCGGAUAUAGUGAAUGCAGGGUCCGGGGAGACGGGGGAUAUAGUGAAAUGCAGGGUCCUGGGAAAGCGGAUAUAGUGAAUGCAGGGUCCGGGGAUACUAGAUAUAGUGAAUGCAGGGUCCGGGGA